AUGGCGAAAAGACAGCCUAUUCCCAAAAAGAUUCGACGAGAGAUAGAAGUCGGCACUCAAGUUUCAGUUCCCGAAUCCACCAGAUGGUUCAAGAAGGUUUGGAGAUCGGAUCGUGUUCCAAAUGACUCAUUAACCAAGUCCGCACAUUUCUUGGCUGUAAAAACUGGCAUGUCUUUGGAGAAGCUAGCAGAGGUGUAUAUUGACCAGAUCAUGAGGCUGCAUGGUGUUCCAGUGUCAACCGUGUCAGAUCGGGACACCAGGUUCGUGUGUGAGAGGACGAUUCAGAUUUUGGAGGAUAUGCUUCGGGCUUGUAUGCUAGAUUUUGGGGGUUCAUGGGAUCGACACUUGCCUUUGAUUGAGUUUGCUUAUAACAAUAGCUAUCAUGCAAGCAUCCAGAUGGCUCCCUAUGAGAAGAGUUAUGCUAAUAACAGGAGAAGAAUUUUAGAAUUUAAAGUGGGAGAUAAUGUAUUCUUGAGGGUCGCUCCAACCAAAGGAGUAAUUCGUUUCGGCAUUAGAGGGAAGCUCAGUCCUCGAUUUAUUGGCCCAUUUGAGAUUUUAGAGAGCAUUGGUGAAGUGGCAUACCGGCUUGCACUACCGCCAGCUCUUUCCCGUAUGCAUAAUAUGUUCCACGUUUCUAUGUUGAAGAAGUUCAUCGCAAAUCCUAAUCAUGUAAUACAGUUUUCAGACUUUGAACUCAACAAUGAUAUAACAUAUGAGGAGCGUCCUGUGAAGAUCGUGGAUUUCAAAGAACAAGUUUUGAGAAGACCGAUCAUUCCUUAUAUAAAGGUUCAGUGGAGCAAUCAUUUAGAACGUGAAGCGACAUGGGAAUUAGAGUCAGAGAUGAGAGAGAGAUACCCAUAUCGUUUUCAUCUGAUCAGGUAA